GUCGUCCAUAUGUCGUCAGACCGUGUGCGCACGUGUUUUUUUAUUUUAUUUUAACCAGCAUUACAAUGGAACUGGAAGAACUGUCAUUGACUUACGGCGAUGGCGACUGAAAAUGCCGGAAAACGACAAAUGCCUUUUUACAGUGGAGACAGACAGUUGGCUCGACGUGUACAAGAGCAUUUGGACAGCUUCCCAGCAGGAUGUUAUGUAAAUCCUGUGCUCGUUGCCGAUGAUCUACAACAAACUUACAGGGAAUAUGGUAGGAGAAAAAGACUUGCAUUCAGGAAGUCAGUGCAACGAGUGUGUGACUGGGUUGCAAAACAGAAGCCCAAGAAGUCAGAUUUGGACACUGUAGAACAACGACACCUUGCCAAGAGGAGGAAACAAGACAAAGACAAUGGAGAAGACCGUGUAGUAUUGGACAGUGAUAGCUUGGACAGUUUCUCUGAUGACAUGGAUGAUUAUGUAGAAUCUAAGGACUCAAAUAUGGUGAAUGCCGCCCUUAGUAAACUGUACAGCAAAGGUACACCAUCAGCCUCAAGUACAACCGGGCAUGGUCUGAAGCCACAAACAACCAAUCGUACAGGAACCGCUGACGCAAUGACACUGGACAGAACACACAACAGACAGGGUGAGGCAGACUCAGACGGGGAUAGUAUGGAGCUGGGAAACCUCUCAAUGGAUCCUCCAGAUGAUGGGGAUGAUGAAGAUGAUACUUGGACAAGACAAAGGACAGAGAUGAUGUUACCAAGGACUCCAGCCAAGGAAGCUACUCCUGCUCCUUCAGGGAGUUCCACCCCUCAGACUGGCAUUAAGAGACUGAAGGACAAGAAGAGAAAAUCAAGCAAUCAGACAAUGAUGGAGGAGGAGUCUACAGCCAAAAAGGGGAGGAUAGGACAGGAGAGAGGGCGCAAGGCAAAGAAAAAGAUUGUAGAGCCCCAGCAGUCAACAGUGACUUUCAGUGACAUCGGAGGAAAUGAUGAAACUUUGCAUGAGAUAUGCAAGUUGUUGAUCCACAUGCGUCACCCUGAGGUAUACCAGCAGUUAGGAGUCACCCCACCCAGGGGAGUGCUUCUCCAUGGCCCACCAGGGUGUGGAAAGACUUUACUGGCACAUGCCAUUGCAGGGGAGCUCCAGCUUCCAUUCUUGAAGAUAGCAGCAACAGAGAUUGUGUCUGGAGUGUCGGGGGAGUCUGAGGGUAAUAUCAGGGAUCUCUUUGAAGAAGCUAUGGGUCUAGCUCCUUGUAUCCUGUUCUUAGAUGAGAUUGAUGCGAUCACGCCCAAGAGAGAGACAGCUCAGAGAGAGAUGGAGAGGAGAAUAGUGGCUCAGCUUCUCUCCUGCAUGGAUGAACUGAGUACUAGUCCUCUUCAUGUGCUGGUCAUUGGUGCGACCAACAGAGCUGAUUCCUUGGAUCCUGCUCUGAGACGAGCUGGACGAUUUGACAGAGAAAUCUGCCUGGGAAUACCUGGGGUGAAGGAAAGAGAGAGGAUACUGCAGGUUCUGUGCAGGAAUCUCAGACUGUCUUCAGAUUUCAGCUGUGCUACUCUAUCCACACUCACACCAGGUUAUGUAGGAGCUGACUUGAUGUCACUCUGUAGAGAGGCUGCUAUGUGUGCUGUUAAUAGAAUAUUCUAUGAGCUGCAGAUGCCAUCUAAACCUGUAUCAGCCCAGUCUGUCACAGCUGACACAUCACUGCAUCAUCACACAGAUGCCGAUAACUGUGGAGAUAGCAUUACUAGUCAGAGUGUAGUUCCUGUCAAACAGACGAGUCCAGGAACCAUGCAGGAUAUGAAAGAGACUGAGGCAACAGACCAGAUACCAUCAUAUCAUUCAGCUCUGAGUUGGUUGAAAGAUAAAGCACCACUCACUGAAGAACAGUUGCAGGAAUUGUACAUCCAAAUGAAAGACUUUGAGGAAGCACUGCCCCAUGUGCAGCCCUCAGCCAAACGAGAAGGCUUUGCUACUAUACCAGAUGUGACAUGGGAUGAUGUAGGGGCAUUACAAUCAGUCAGAGAGGAACUCUCUAUGGCAAUUCUGGCUCCAGUGAGAAACCCUGACGCCUUCAAGGCCCUGGGUCUAACAACGCCGCCUGGUAUUCUGUUAGCUGGUCCCCCUGGAUGUGGUAAGACACUGCUAGCAAAGGCUAUAGCUAAUGAAUCAGGCAUCAAUUUUAUAUCAGUAAAAGGUCCCGAGCUCAUGAAUAUGUAUGUAGGUGAGAGUGAACGGGCUGUACGACAGUGCUUCCAUCGAGCUAGGAACUCAGCCCCCUGUGUCAUCUUCUUUGAUGAGUUGGAUGCUCUCUGCCCUAAGAGGUCGGAUUCCAUGGAGUCUGGUUCCAGUGCCCGUGUUGUCAAUCAACUCUUGACUGAGAUGGACGGUCUGGAAGCAAGGAAACAAGUCUUUAUCGUUGGAGCCACAAACAGACCAGAUAUCAUUGAUCCAGCUGUGCUGAGACCAGGACGUUUGGACAAGACCCUGUAUGUUGGCAUCCCCAGUUCCAAAGACAGAGUAGCCAUAUUGAAGACAAUCACCAAGAAUGGCACAAAACCUCCAUUAACAGAUGAUGUCAUUUUGGAGGACAUUGGACAGGAUCAAAGAUGUGAUGGUUUCACUGGUGCUGACCUAGCGGCCUUGGUGAGAGAGGCUUCCAUGGCUGCCCUAAGGGCAGUCCUUUGGAGCGUACCAUCAGACAAUAGCCAAAGGGGUGAUGGAACAGAGAGGGGCACAGGCAAUACCAAAGUGGUUGUGACUGGAGCCAAUUUUGAGUCUGCAUUUGCCAAAGUCAAGGCUUCAGUUUCUAAAAAGGAUCAGGAGCGAUACAGGAAACUUCGCCAGAAUGCGCUAGACUUGUCAGAUGCACAGGAAGAAACAGUUCAAGACAUGAGCUGAUGUCUACUCAAAUAGAAACUAUUGCCUUGUUUGAUGUGAUGAACAUCCAGUGGUCUACACACUACCUCACUCUUCACUAGACCAAAUAGACUAUGAACUCUGUGUAUGAACUGUAAAUGGCCCUAUCCAUGGAGGUAGGAAUAGAAGGAGUUAGCGCAAGCACAGAUCAAACGUGCCAUGUCUCAUGCCGCGAUUGAUCAGAUAACGACUGCAAAGUAAACGCAUUCCACACUCAGCCUGCCAAAAAUCGCAAAACUGCAUGCGCAUCGCAUGCGGCUUACGGAGAACUGCCACUAAGUUUCGUUUUUCGUCACCGCAAAAAAGUAGUUUUUUCAAAAGUGCUCAGUAUUGCUAAGUUACGGUUCUUGCAUCAUUUGAAAGCGCUACAUUUCCGAAACAUUUCCUUUUAUUUUUAUUCACAGGGCAUAGCAGGAACCUGCCAAAAAAUGUCUUACAUUUCACCAGGUAAUUCACGAAAUUUCACAUUUUUCUGAAAUAUAAAAAUAUUACUUGCCGAACGAAUUAUUGGCUGAUUUUCAUUGUUCAAAAGACGACAUGACAAAGAUUUUUGUUGCGCAUCCGAAAAACAGACCCCGAUAUCGUGCCUACACUCGAAACAUACUGCACAUGUCCAAAGUAUAUAUUUGAUUGUUGGAUGGUAGGAAGCAUGUACUCCAGUCAGGCUUCUUCGGAAGUGAACGGAGCUGAGCGGUCGCCAUUAGACAUAGCGUUCAAGGGGAUUAACGGCUGCCGUUAAAAUGCCAAGGCGCUGCAUGAUAUCCCAUAGCUCACCACAGUGGCCUGGAAUAUGCAAGUGGGAUGCUAAGUGGGAUUAAAACAAGGAGGGUAUUCAUGCUAACUCCUCCUAUUCCUACCUCCACGCCCUAUCUAGCCCACUGCAGAGCUCCAGUCUUCCAGGACUCACCAUGUACUGUUCAUAAGACCAAUUUCCACUGUUGUGUACUUGCUUUGCCACAUUUCUACAGUAAAAUUCAAGUGUUCAUAAUUUCUCUUUUUCACCAUAUUAGCAUUUUUAAACUUUGGCACACACAAUAGGAGUAAAUUUGUCAUAGUACAAACGAGUUAAAGCACUCCAAAUACCGCCCUCCUAUUGUGUCUAUCAUGACUCAUGACUAAUAAGGCUAAUGGAGUUCAUAGGAAGGAAGAAUUCUCAUGGCACAUGGCAGUUAAUCAGACUCAGAACCUGCAAUGUUAUUGGCUGGUCUUACUGAAGCAUACAUCAUUUGUGCCUGUGUACACAUGUGCACACAGGUUUGAUUUUUAUUUUCUUCAAUAAUUAUGUACUGGCCGUGCUAUUUUACCCUAACAAAUAGAUUAUAUUUUUAAAAUUGCUGUAUUCACUUUUGAAUUUCACGAAACAAAAUAGUUAUGUAAUAAUUACUUCAAAAAUUAAGAAUCACUUGCAACCAAAAAUAUUUACAUUGCCCCAGAGUAGACUGGUUCCCGCCCUGCUAUCAGCAUCAGUGUUGUAGGGAACCAGUCUACUUGCAGGAGGGAUCCAUUUGUGCUUAUAUUUUUCAGAGGAUUGCAUAUGCCAAAAAUAGAAGGGUAACAAUUGUAAUACUAAAACUACUACUCAAACUGAAAGUCAUCAGGAGAAAAAAAAACACAAAUAAUUUACCGAGAAGGACAGUAAAUCUGCAAAUGGAAUUUGAAAAGACCCACAAUGAAUAUACACAUGACUUUCUGCUUGUUUUUAAUAUUUAUUGUGUCAUUUUAAAAUACUUUAAAUACAUGAGCAGUAAAGCCUGUACAUUACAUCAAGCAACAUAAUAAAUAGAAAUGAAAAGAGAAUCUUGUGUUCUGACAGUUCUGCACAUUGUUUCAUUGUUGAACUUGGUGCAAAUGGAA